AUGCAGCGAACAAUAUUGGUGGUAUGCCUAUUCCUCCUCGGUUUGGCAUUCUCAGUUGUUGCUCAUAGCAGAUUUCCUCAUACAUUGGAUGGUUUAAAUUUGUUGGAUAAACCAUCAUCAUCAGCUGCAAGAACACUUUCGAAUAAUGCAAAACUUCUUGUAGACAUUAAAAUUCAUGAUAAUGUCAUCCUUUCCGAUUUUCAUUUAGACCAAUUAAAUAGAAUUGUUUUCGGUCCAAGUAGCAGCAACAUUCGUACCGAAAGAUUAGAAACUGUCAGUGGAACAGAUAACAGAGUGUUUAGAACUAGACUCUCAUUACAAAGAAUUGAUGAAAUUAAAAGCGAAUCCUCCUACAGACAAUACAUUUACAGAAUUGAAAGAGUUAGCAAUGAGAAGAGAAUUUUGUUUCCUCAAUUUUCUAUGGACAGUUUGAGAUUUUCCAAACUCAGAGUUGUAAUGAAUAGUGAAUUUGAAGAAAAAUUGCCACUCUUCCUUUCCAAGAUGAAUACCAAAUUCAAUCAUGAGUUUGCUACUCAAUUGAUUGAAAGUUCUGUGAGAAGAAGUUCUGAGAGUAUUAAUGAAAUUCUUGCAAGUUCUUCAAUUUUGAUUGAAGAAAGAGGAAGAAUGUUUUCAAUUUCCUUGGUUGAUGGAGAUGCAAGCUUGUGGAAUAACAAUGGUAAAAGGAGUGCCUUGAUGAGUCACAUGUCAGAUUUCUUAAUGAGCAACAUUUUAGAUAAUGAAGAUGUAGACUAUGUUGAAAGAGAAUUUUCUCAAUCAUUAUUAUUGUACGGCUCCAAUAAUGUUGUUCAAUACAAUCGUAAGGUUAAUGUUUCGAGAUUUGCUUGGGAUAAUGGUGUAACUGGAAAGGGUGAGAUUGUGAAUAUUGUUGAUUCAGGUCUUGAUUACAGUCAUUGUUUCUUCUCUUCUCCAAAUGAAGAUUAUUCUACUUUGAAUACCAAAAAUAGAAAGGUUGUACUUUACGAGAGAGGUACAACAGGAGAUUUUUACGAUGCCAAUGGUCAUGGUACUCACUGUUCUGGAAUUAUUGCUGGUCAACCAAGUUCAACUUCAGGAAUUGAUAAUGAUAUGGGUAUUGCCAAAGAUGCUAAAAUUCACAUGAUUGAUUCUGGUAUUACACUUUUCUUCUCAGUUUCCAACAUGACAUCUUACUUGAUUAGGGCUUAUGCCAGUGGUGCAAGAAUUUCCAGCAACAGUUGGGGAAAUACCAAUAAUUUAGAUUGCCAAUUUGAUUGUGAUUGCUAUGAAGCCAAAUCCAAUCUUUCCAAACCAGUGAAGGAUGAGUAUUGUCUUCAACAAUAUGGUUUAAGAUGUUGUGAACUUGGUAACACUUAUGAAACACUCUCUGCACAAAUUGAUGAAUUCACCAAUGCCAAUGAUGAAAUGUUAGUUGUCUUUGCUGCUGGUAAUAGUGGUUACUAUGGACAGGAAAAGUCUGUUAUUUCUCCAUCUACUGCCAAGAAUUGUAUCUCAGUUGGUGCUGCCUAUGCCACAUCUGAUGAAUACACCAGAUAUGAACCAAAUAUCAAUACAACACUUUACAAUCAUGACAAUUUGGGCUAUUUUUCAGCAAGAGGUCCAACAUUUGAUAAUAGAUUUAAGCCUGACAUUGUAGCUCCUGGAGUGAAAAUUUGGAGUGCUAGAAGUUAUAUUCCAUUCUGUGAUUCAACUGGGCUAACUCAGAAGACAGGAACUAGUAUGGCCUGUCCAGCUAUCUCAGGUGUUUCUGCUCUGGUUAGAGAAUACUUCCUUCAAAAUAGCAAGCAAAGAUUGGUCAACCUUGAUUUGAUUAAUAAGAAUCCAAAUCAAACAUUGAGUGGCAUGCUUGUAAAGGGUUUUGUUAUUCACUCUGGAGAGAAGUUGAUGGGUACAGUCAAGUUGGAUGGUGUUUUCACAAACGAAAACAAUUAUCGUGAUCUAUCCAAAGAGAAAACUCCAAACAAGUACACAGGUUACGGUAGAGUGAAUAUUGCCAAUACAAUGAAGUUUUCAGAUAAGGAUUCCAAUCCAGAUCUAUUCACAAUCAAUAGACAGAAAAUCAAUGUUGCCUCAAACAUUACCAUCACAAUGAAGUUGACCAAUAAUUUGGCAAGCUCCAAUCCAUUGAAAGUUACACUCACCUGGUUUGAUUUGAAAGGUACACCUGUUAGCUCAUCCACCAACUCAGCCAAAGUGCUAAUCAACAAUUUAGAUCUCUCAGUUUCCAUCAAGGAUGAUUCCUCCUCCUCACCAAUUCAUACUCUCUGCUACGGUAAUCAACAAUGUAACUAUGGAAACAUUCAAGAUUCCUCCCUAAUUGAUGAUAGAAACAAUGUCGAAUCACUCACCAUUAACAUUCCUCCAAACACCUCCAAUUCAUCCUCAUCGAUUAUUAUUAAUAUCAGAUCAUCGGAGAAGAAUGUUGGUUCUCAAAACUUUGCUCUCUUAAUUAGUGGAUAUAAUUUGCAAGUUUCCUCUGUUGAAAUUCCUCCAGAACCUGUCCUUAGUCAUACCUCAUCCAUUCACAACUUCACUGCCUCAUACUUGGUGAUUGCAAUGAUGAUCAUUUUCUUCUUCUUUUAA